AUGUCCCAAAACCUCCCCCUCCCUCCAAUCGCCCUCCCAGGCCAACCCCUGGCACAGUCACCCCCGUAUGCCGCCGGCCCCGGCACGUACACGACGCAGAAUCCCACCCGGACAGUAAUCACCGCGUCAGUGGCCGGCAUCCCACGCGUGCAUGCGGACAAGAGCGUCAGCGUCACCCGUCCCUCGCCCUCCCACCCGCUCCUCCUGCUGCCGGAGGUGGCGAGCACCGUCCUGGCCCGGGUGACGAGGCUGAACCCGCGGCAGGCCACUGUCGAGAUAUUCGCCAUCCAGGGCGGCGGCGACGGGAUCCAUGGUGGUGGUGAUGGGGGGUGUGUGUGUGAGCAUACGUUUCAGGGAGUUAUUCGCGCGCAGGACGUUCGCGCUACGGAGAAGGAUCGCAUCAAGAUGUUGGAGAGCUUCAGGGUUGGGGAUGUGGUUCGGGCUGUUGUGAUUUCGUUGGGGGAUCAGUCGAAUUAUUAUCUCUCUACUGCUAGUAAUUCUCUAGGUGUUGUUGUUGCACAUUCUGAUGCUGGAGAUCCACUGCAUCCGAUUAAUUGGCGGCAGAUGGCGUGUGCACGUACCGGGAUUGUGGAAGAGAGGAAGGUUGCGAAGCCUAUUUGA